GCAGCGGUGCAGUGACGCGCGGCGAUUGGGUGAGCGAGGAGCUAAACUGUGUUAUACAGUAAAAAGACAAGACGCCGAUAACAAAAACAACAGCUGCGGCCGCAUGAGGCCAACUAAGGACAAACUCGCACUUUUCGGGCUCACACUAUAAAGAUUUCGGAUGUCACGAUGGCUGCAGUCUUCACUAUUUCCGACAACGAGUCAGAGCCAUCGGAGGAGGUAGAGGAAGGAGAAAAUAACCAAACAUCAACUGAGCAGGAGCAGCAGCUUUCUCAACGCCAUUCCCUUACUCUACCUGAGCUCAGAACACCAGCAACCGGUCGGAUCAGGCUGAACUCCGAGUCCCACGCCUCCACAGUCUCCAGAGAUGAGGAGCUCCAGGCUAGGGGGGAAGAUGAGGCUGGUACGCCCACUGACGGAUUUCCAUUCAGGGGACGGUCCAAGUCGGCUCCCCCUGCUUUAUGGGCAGCCAAGAAAUACGGCCGGCAGCUCCGGAGGAUGAGCGACGAGUUUGACAGCUUGCUGGACAAAGGGGAAAUGAGGAAGGUGAGGAGUGCUGGGUCGACCAAACAGAUGCACCACUCUAAAAGCUGGUGGAGCUACCUCUUUAGUCACCAGGAGACAGAGGGAGAGAACAACCACCAUGAAAACCACACUCACCGCACUGAAUAGGCACUGAGAGCGGAAAUAAGAGGUUUGAGAAAUGGAGGAAUCGAUGGGAAUGAGAAGAAAGCAGUGGGGAAGCCAAGAGAACAAUUGUGAACAAAAAGACCUGCUCUGAGACGGGACAAAAGAGAGGUUGAUUUAAACAAAACAAGAAAAAUCCAAACACAAAGGCACGGGCUAAGUGGAGGGCUAAGAGUCCCAUCCUGGUUUGUCAUUUAUAUAUGUCAUUGGUAACUACAUUUAAAUAAUUUUUGUAUUUGUGUUGGUUGUGAUGUUAAAAGAUAUUGCUGGGCAGCCCACUGUGAAAUGGUAAAAGCCAGUCAGGCAUGAGCAUAGACUGUUGGCUAUCUGAACCCCAUGGAAUGGAUCAAGUGAGGGGCUAAGAGAAGAGAGAUGAACUAAAAGAAAAGGUGGAUUAGAGCGGUGACUGCUCAGUAAAAAGUUGUCUCACCCAUCAACACUAUGCAAUAUACUGUAGAUGGAGGGAUAAAAGCACUGAAAUCUAAACACCAGUCUAUUUGAGGCCACUUUGAAUGCUGUUAGAAUUUCCUUCCUCCCCUUCUUGAGGAGAUCACCAAUGUCAAUGUGCUACUAAUGCUCCAAAUGUUUGUGCUCAAACACAAGCUAAUUGAGACCACUGUAACUGUGUGCCAAAAUAAUUUGCAGGCAACAGAGGAAAGAGUCUAGAAGGGGAGGAUUUUUAUUAAGUAUUCAACUCUGGCCUUUUUCCAACUUUCCUGUUCCAAUACCUGCAAGCCAGUACCACUUAAACAACUGUACUUGACUAUCAUUAACUGCUUUAUAUCUCAAAUUUAUCAAAAGAAGAACAAUCUUGUAAAAGGACAAUCUCUGACGAUGCAGAAAUACUAUCUUUUGUAAAACUUCAGGGUUAGAUUUUAUCUGAAGACAAUAAACAUACAUAUAAAAGCACAAACCAAUAUAAAUGUAUCUUUUUAAAGCCUUGGAUUAGCAAAAAAAAAAAAAAAGACUCUGGACUUAUGUGUAAAUAUUUUGUUAAUAUUUUAUCAAAUUGCAGGGGUGGGGGUUGUAAGCAAUGUGGUUUAGCCAGAAUUUUAUUUUACAAGUUCCUAUUUUACAGGUUUACCACACUAUUUAAUAAGUGUGGCCAACCUAGCAAUAGGCAGUGUACAAUCCAUGGCUGUUGUGAUAAAUGUUAUGUGCAUAUUUAAAGAUGUGGGAUGAAUUAACUGCUGUACAAGGAGCCAACACAUGAGCCUUUAGCCCUGUUUAUUCAGUACCCAGUGCUAAGAAAAGGUGGGUUUAGAGUCUAGUCACAUUUAAACACAGUCGGAAGGGACGUUAACUUGACUUUUCUGAACUAUUUGUAAAGUUUGUUGAGAAAAAUCAGUUUUCAGUCCUGUUGAGUUUAUGAAACAAUUAGUUUAAAUGCAGGUUGUUCAAUUUAAUUUGCAUCGGGAUGUGAAUAUAACGAGAUCUUAAUAUGUCAAGCUAAAGAGUGCUGAUCGGAUGCUAGAUGCGCUUUUUAAUGUAUUAUAUUCAGUCUUACUUGGCACCUAUUACACAAAAUACUGCAUUUAUUGGAGUUAUUAUUCCUAUUAAUUAUUCUAAACUAAGAUCAGCACUUCUACACAGCUUGGUAAAUAUGAUUAGGCUAUUUGUGACUUGUUUAUCAAUAUGUGAUUAUUGAAAAUGGUAAUAGGUUUUUUUCUAGUGUCUUAUUCUCUUCCUCUCGACUUGUAGGGUUGAGUUGUGAAGUGCUCGGGUGUGCAGGCUAAGGAACUGCAUUUAUAUUAUCUUGGAACUAAAAAAAACUUUACACCUCUUUUAUAGCUUUUUCUAAACUUGGUUAAUAACCAUUUUUAAUCAGAGAAUUUUUGACAAUCUGAAUGGCACCACCUUUUUAAGAUUUAAGUCAACUAUAUGUUUAGUAACAUGCAACCCUGACUGUGUAAGACAAUUCACUAAAAUAUUUCUUUACACUGAAUAAGUAUGUGGUCUAAAGCUCUCAACUCAAUACAGUUAUACUAUACUGUUACAUUCAAACUACUCAACUCAAAAAAAGAAGAAAUAACUCCACUUAUAUAUUGGAUUUCUCUCACACUAACAGGAAAAUCAGGAAUGAGUGUUUAAGUAGUUGUGCCGUCAAAACAAAUAUCAUUUUACAUUAAAGUCACCACUCUUAGGCCUGUGUAUGUACUCUGGCACAUCAUACAGUUUAAUCAGCUGGCAGAGAACAUGUACAUGGUGUUGAGAGCUUGUGGCCAGAUAUGAAUAUGGAUUUUGAAAGAGUAUAAUAUUGUCAUGAACUGCCUUGAACAUGUUGUAACCUGUGAUGUAACACCACAUAACCAGCCUUGUCUGUUUACUCAAUUUACCGCCUUAAACUUCACCGCUCGCUGUCACAGAUUACGCUAAAGAAACAAGCACAAUGACGUGGCGGUGCGUUUGCUGUCACAACUGUGAGAAAAUAUUAUAAAAGGCAAAUGCUGGAAAAGCCAUUUCAGAAGAAGUCCUUCAAUGGUUUUGACUUUAAAACAUUUGUGGCAGCGAAUGCACCCCAGAGGAAAAACCUGCCUGGGCACCUGGAGUUUUGCAACCAUCCUUGGUAUUACUUGAAUCUGGAGAUGUGUGUGGAGAAAAUCGAAUUUUUCCUUCUUUGAUUUUUUAUUUUGCUGAAUUAAUUUUCUUUUUUUAUGACUUUUGUAAAUUUUCUCUACAGCUGUGAAACUUCUGGUAUAUGCUGUCCUGAAUAAAUAAUUUUAAGAGUG